UAGUAGGCAGCACAUAAGCUUGAACACAACUCCAGGAGGCCUGCUAGGUUUUGUCCGUGUGGAUGGUAGCAGGGUUUGAUGAGAAGAUUAAGUUAAAAACCCAAUAGUAUCCAAAUGUAUUAUCCUGUUGUACUUAAGGAACGACAUGAAGCUGUUGUACGUCGCACAAUUGAAAGAAGCCAGAAGCCAAAACAAAAGCAAAACAGGUGGUCCUGGGGAGGAGCACUACAUAACCGCAUUAAUAACACAGAUCCAGACAGGCGGUCUGUUUCAACAAUGAACCUUUCGAAACAUGUUGAUCCAGUCAUUAACAAGCGGCUCUCCUCCUCAUCUGCAACAUUACUAAAUUCUCCAGACAGAGCUCGUCGUCUACAGCUCAGUCCAUGGGAGAGCAGCAUUGUAACCAGGCUUCUGACGCCCACUCACUCAUUCCUGGCCCGAAGUAAAAGCACAGCUGCAUUGUCUGGAGAUGCAGCAUCUUGCAGUCCCAUCAGUCCUCUGUCCUACAAGACCAUGAACUGUAGGAAUCCAGGAGACCGAGCAAAACUGUAUGCCUCUACUGAUGCUGUUGGACGUAGGAGAACAACACAUCUUGCAGGGACUGACAAAAAAGAAAAGGAGAGAGACCAUUUGUCAUCCAGCUUCUCAGCCAGCUUUAAAGGAGGUCAUUUUUCUUCCAACCCCAAAGCUAGAUCACCAGCUCCCUCUCCAGUUUGGCAUGCGUCAAAGUCUUUGCCUUUUUUGCCUGGCACACCCAAGCAGAUAACUUCUCCACCUGGUUCCUCCAAAGUUUCCUCUGCUCAGGCACGUCCUCCUUCUCCUGGCAACAUCCGGCCAGUCAAAAAAGAGGUCAAACCAGAGAGUAAGAAGAAAAGACCAGAAAAGGAGGCUGAAAAGGCCAAUGAGGAGAGGACACAAGAGAAUAAAGGAACUUCAGCAGGUACUGGAGAAUCUGCAAGUCAGGAAGAGCUUGCUGUCCAGACAGAGCUCACUCAAGCAGCCAGCCCAUCCCUACCUCCUGCUCCACCAGCUCUUUCUCCACCCCCAGCCCCCACAAAGACCUCUGCAGGUACAACUGACCCUGAAGAAGCAACAAGGCUACUGACUGAGAAGAGGCGCCUUGCCCGUGAGCAGCGGGAACGGGAGGAGCAAGAAAGGAGGGAGAGAGAAGAGCUUGAAAGGCAAAAGAAGGAGGAGCUGUCGCAGAAGAUAGCUGAAGAAAGAGCUCGCCGAGAAGAAGCAGCAGCUCGCAGACAGGAAGCAGAAAAAAACCAAAAGGAUGCAGAGGAGGAGCGGGAAAAGGAAGAACGGCUGCACCGACAGGCAGAAGAGAGACAACAGAAGGAGAAAGAAGAGAUGGAGCGCAUUCAGAAACAAAAAGAAGAGGAAGCUCGUCUACGGGAAGAGGCAGAGCGGAUUCGAUUAGAACGUGAAAAGCAUUUCCAAAGAGAAGAGCAAGAGCGCUUGGAAAGGAAGAAGAGGCUUGAGGAGAUCAUGAAGAGAACUAGGCGUGUAGAAGCUGUAGAUAAGAAACCCAAUGACCAGCAAAAUGGACAUAUAGCAAAGGCAAAUAUUACUGGAGAAGCAGUCAUAACAAGUCCUGCAUCUCCCGUGGAACCUGCAGGAGGACCUCAGCUUCAGCAUGCAACGCAAUCUCCGCACAACGGGAAACCCAUCACCUGCACGCGUGUGAUUGUUUCACAUCAACCCCUUGUGAAUAUGGACAGCAAUCUCAAUCCAGAGAAAAAUGCAAACGAAAAUGGAAUGUCUAUGCAGAAUGAUAACUUUGAAGAGAUCAUAAACCUGCCUGUUGGUUCUAAACCAUCCCGGCUGGAUGCCAUGAACAAUGACGGAAGCAAUAGUCCUGAAAUUCCUUUGAAUCCAAUUCUAGCCUUUGAAGAUAAGGGGACUCUUUUGCCUCAGGUAGAUAGUGUUCAAACACAUCAAACAGCAGAAGUGAUCUGAUUGUUUCUUCUGAAGAACCAAAGGUGAUAUGAGCAUCUCUGCAAUCAGUGGAGUUUCUUCCAUGCUAUGAAGGAGCGUUUUAUUUUUUUCUCUCCAGUUUUUUAAAGAUUCCUUGAAUAUCUUUUUUGGAAGGACUUUAGUAAAACCAGCAGAAGAAAUGAUGGGAAUAGACUUGGAUCACCUUUCUAAUAGCUUUCAUCACUAGAAAAAUCAUGCUUCACGUGCAUUACUUAAUUCGGCUUUUUCCAACAAGCUUUUUCUGUUAGUAAAUGGAUAUUUCUGCAUUCCUUAAGACACAAGACACUGGAAUCUGAAGGCAAUGGGCUGAUUUGGGUGGUGGGACUGAUUCUUUUUUUUAGAAGGUGGGUGUUGGUUUAAAAGGCGUAAUUGUAAAAUUGGCAAAGAAUCUUUUACACUUCGUUCUAAUACUUGAAAAAUAAAUACCUCAUUGCUCUACAAGUAGAGUUAAUGGGGUGUUUUAUUUAAACCUGUUGGUUUAAAUACUAUUGCAGAGAACUCUAAUUAUGGGGGCAAAGUAUAGGCUUCUGUAUCAGGUUCUUGUAAAUGUAAUUCCUACAGGGACAUUCUGUAAAAUGAGACGUCUCUAUGAUCUUCUUGCAUUUUCUCUAAAAAAACAAGGCAGGUUUUAAAAUGUGAACAUUUGAAAGCGUUAUUUUUUCAUGGACAAGAGGAAAACCUAUUGUUCUCCUAGAUGAUGUAUUUAUGAAUUUUGUUCAGUACAGAAAUAAAUCAUUUAAUUGAAUAAAUUAGAAAAAUGUGGUAAAACGAUACUGCAAACUUGAUUUUUUUUUUUAGUUACAUCCAUGUUCACUAUACUAUAAAAGAUGCGUAUGCAUACGCGCACACACACAAGGAAGUACCUUGUUCCGAGUCCUGUAAAUUGCUGCUGUUCC